CGAGAUACCGCCUUCCGUCAUGUCCUCAACAACACGUCGCAGUCUCUUCCGACCAUGUAUAGAUCUUCACGACGGUAAAGUGAAGCAGAUAGUUGGUGGCACGCUUUCUGAUAGCGAUCCUGCGACGCUGAAGACAAAUUUUGUGGCGAGUCAAUCUCCUGGUGACUUUGCGAGGCUUUAUAAAGAAAAGGGCCUCGAAGGUGGACAUCUCAUCAAGCUUGGGCCCGGGAAUGAUGAGGCUGCGCGUCAAGCACUCGAAACGUGGCCAGGUGGUCUGCAGAUUGGUGGCGGAAUCACCGAUAAGAACGCUUUGAGCUGGCUUGAGCUUGGCGCGAGCAAAGUUAUUGUGACAUCCUAUUUGUUCCCUGAGAUGAAGUUUUCUCUUGAACGACUGCGGUUACUUUCCACGCUUGUUGGGAAGGAGAGACUGGUCGUUGAUGUCAGUUGUCGGCGGAGAGGAGACAGGUGGAUGGUUGCCAUGAACAAGUGGCAGGACAUCACGGACAUGGAAGUUCGGCAAGAAACAUUGAACUUGCUGUCGGAACACUGCAGCGAAUUUCUAAUCCAUGCAGCGGACGUGGAGGGGCUUUGUCAGGGCAUCGACGAAGAACUUGUAGCCAAACUGGGACAGUGGGUACGAAUACCGACCACGUAUGCUGGUGGUGCCAAGGAUAUUUCGGACUUAGAUCUCGUCGAGCGACUGUCAGAUGGGAAAGUCGACCUGACAUAUGGAAGUGCGCUCGAUAUUUUCGGAGGAACGUUGGUAAAGUUUGACGAUCUUGUGGCGAGGAACGCAGGCGAGAGAUAAUAAAUUGAAAUAUGACAGUAUUUGGGAUCAUACAGCAGCUCAGAGCGCCAUGUAUUUCUACUGUAUCGUGUAUCUCAUAACCAAGUAUAUAGAGG